UAGGUGUCUGAAGAAAGAGCAUAGGCAAAUAGAUGCUGCUUCGGUCUUGGUAUGGGAGAUUUGAUUUAUAAGUUAAAGGCCGUAUCAGAAAGGAAGUUUUUUAAGUACGGAAUUCCGUUCCUGAUUUUGAUUGUUGGUGGUUCAUUUGGUUUGAAGUACUUUGCCAUGCUUCGGUAUCAGUAUCGAAAAAAUAAUUUGCUUUCAGCAGAGGAGGUAGAAAAGUAUGGAAUAAAAAUGAAAAAGAAAGGAGAAGUGACUCUUGAAACAGAAUAUGAGAAAAUCAAAGAGAUGGACAUUAGCAACUGGGAAAACAUUCGUGGACCUCGUCCUUGGGAAGAAACAGAAUACAUAGAAAAAAUAAAACAGAAGCAAGCAGAAAAAAAAUCUCGGACUGAAAAAGCAGAUAGAUAAUAUUUAUAGACUACAAUAGUAUUUCACUCAAGAUUAUCUAAAGAAAUUUGUAUUGAAUUAAUAGAGGUUUUUUAUGGUAUUGAGUACCAGUAGCCAGUGAUUUGAAAUAACUUUGACCUUACCAGAUGUUGUCAGAUUAUGAAAUAUUCAAAAAGGUGGACAGUCUUGAAAAGUAUGUUUUAAAAGUAUUACGAAUAUCAUUUUCAAGAGUACAGUUCAGUAAUGAGUUAUACCUUGAAAACAAUCUUUUUAUUUUUCAUAAUCAACUUUUUAGGAGUGUGUCGAACUGUUAAUAUAAUUCAAACAAACUGUAACUGUAAAACUUUCCUCUUUAUAAAUAAUUAUUUUUCACUUCA